UGAGCAAGACUUUCCUCCUCACUCACUUCAACAAGAUACCUUACAAAAAGAACUCAUUACCUGGCAUAUUCUGGUGGGAGGCAAGAGAAGUGGUAACUCACAAUGACUCUCCCUUUGCUCCUGAUUUUCAUUUCAUUUCUUCACGGCACUUUUUCAUUAGUGGAUACAAGCAUCUUUAUAAUACAUAAUGAAGACCACCAGGUUUGUGUAGACGUUCAGGAUGCAAACUAUGUCACUACGGGUCCCUGCAGCCCUACCAAAGAUGCACAAAAAUUCAGAUGGAUUACCAGUCACCAACUGAUGAGCGUUUCUAUGAAGUUAUGCCUUGGAGUGUUGGAAAAGGUGGACUGGAGACCAGUUACUCUGUACCCAUGUAACACGACAAGUGAUCUCCAGAAAUGGGAAUGCAGAAAUGACACACUUUUUGCCAUCCAAGGAGCUGAUCUGUUUUUCAACUAUGGCAAUAGAAAUGAAAAAAGAAUUAUGUUAUACAAGGGAUCAGGUUUAUGGAGUCGGUGGAAGGUGUAUGGAACCACAGAUGAUUUGUGCUCACGGGGCUAUGAAGACAUGUUUACUUUGAAAGGCAAUGGCGAAGGGGCACCUUGUGUAUUCCCUUUCCAGUACUAUGGCAAAUGGUAUGCUGAGUGUAUAUCCAUUGGAAUGUCAGAGAGCUGGCUGUGGUGUUCAACCACAAGAAACUAUGAUGAAGACAAGAAAUACGGCUUUUGCCCACUGAAAUUUGAUGGAAUGGACCACUUGUGGAAGACGGACCCUUUGACAAAUGUACAGUACCAAAUAAAUGAAAAUGCUGCUCUAACAUGGUACCAAGCUAGUAAAAGUUGUCAGCAACAAAAUGCCAAUUUGUUGGGCAUCACAGGGUUGCAUGAGCAAAUGUACCUGGCUGGAUUAACUGCCACUUUGAGUUCUGAACUCUGGUUUGGUCUUAACAGUUUGGACUUCAACAGUGGAUGGCAAUGGAGUGGUAGCCAUCCUUUCAGAUACCUAAACUGGGCACCAGGAAGUCCUUCCCUAGAGCCUGGAAAAACCUGUGGAACGUUCAAUCCUGGUAAAGGGGCCAAAUGGGAAAACCUGGAAUGUGAUAAGAAACUUGGUUACAUUUGUAAAAAAGGGAGUGCCACAUCAAACUUCGUUAUUCCUGCAGAAUCAAAUGUGCCCAUUAAGUGUCCUGACGGAUGGAUGUCAUACGCAGGCCAUUGUUAUAAGAUUCACAGAGAAACUGCCUUCUGGAAUGAUGCUUUAGCUCUGUGCAGAAAGGAAGGUGGAGAUCUGGCGAGUAUCCACAAUGUUGAGCAGUACAGCUUUAUAAUUUCUCAGCUUGGGUACCGACCAAAUGAUGAAUUAUGGAUUGGACUGAAUGACAAGAAGGUGCAAAUGUACUUUGAAUGGUCAGAUGGAACCCCUGUGACAUUCACCAAAUGGCUACGUGGGGAGCCAACACAUAAUAUCAACAGGCAAGAAGACUGUGUUGUUAUGAAAGGAAAGGAUGGAUAUUGGGCUGACCAGCCAUGUGAUGGGAAAUUUGGAUACAUUUGCAAAAGGAAACCACUAAAAGAAGCUCCAGAGGAAAAGGAGACAGUUGACGAAGGCUGCCAGAUAGGCUGGAAAAGACAUGGUUUUUACUGUUACCUGAUCGGAAGUGUAUUUGCAGCAUUUGCUGAAGCAAGUCAAAUGUGUAUAAAGGACGGUGCUUAUUUAGCUACUGUUGAAGACAGAUAUGAACAAGCAUAUCUGACCAGUUUGAUUGGGCUCAGGCCUGAAACAUACAUCUGGAUUGGCCUUUCUGACACAGAAGAAAAAGGAUCGUUCAAAUGGACCAAUGGAGAAACUGUCAGAUUCACUCACUGGAAUUCAGAAAUGCCUGGACGGAAGCCUGGCUGUGUUGCCAUGAGAACCGGAAUUGCAGGUGGCUUAUGGGAUCUUCUGAAAUGUGAGACAAAGGCAAAAUUUCUCUGCAAGCGAUUGGCUCUCGGUGUUACUCCUCCACCUUUACCAACAACAACUCCUGCCCCCAGAUGCCCUGACGACUGGAGUUCAAGUGACCAGAGGAGCGUGUGUUUCAAAGCUUACUCAAGAAAAGAAGAGAAGAAACCAUGGGCUGAAGCUCGGAGUUUUUGUACAGCCAUUGGAGGUGACCUGGCUUCCAUUAGCAGUUUAAAAGAAGAACGUUCACUGCAGCGUUACUUAGCGAGCUUUGGAUACACCACUUCGCAUUUCUGGAUAGGCUUAAAUUACAUAAAUCCGGAGGAAGGAUUUGCAUGGAGUGAUGGCUCUCCACUAGGAUAUACAAACUGGGAAUAUGGCGAACCCAAUAAUUAUAAUGGAAUAGAACACUGUGGAGAGUUAAAUCCAACUGUUCGCAUGCGCUGGAAUGAUGUACACUGUGAUGACGUAUACUUCUGGAUUUGCCAGGUUAAUAAAGGAGUACAACUAAAAGCAGAACCUACAAAUCCACCUUUGCCAACAUUUGCGUUUACUAGUGAUGGAUGGCUCAUCAAUGGAGAGAAGCAGUAUUAUUUCAACACUGAUAAAAUGCCUAUGGAUAAAGCACGGGAGUUUUGCAAGAAGAACUUUGGAGAUCUGACUGUCAUUGAAGGCAACACUGAAAGAAGGUUUCUAUUCAAAUAUAUCUCACAAAAUGAGAGGGUGGACAAUUACUUCAUUGGUUUACAGCUGAGCCUUGAUAAGAAGGUUAGCUGGAUGGAUGGAACCCCUGUGCAAUAUUUAGCCUGGGCACCGCAUGAACCCAACUUUGCAAACAAUGACGAAAACUGCGUGGUCAUUUACAGAAGUACAGGGCUUUGGAAUGAUAUCAGCUGUGGCUAUCCAAAACCUUUCAUAUGUGAAAGACACAAGAGUUCAAUCAAUGCAACAACUGCUCCGACGACACCACCCGUUCCAGGAGGCUGUCCAGAAUCAUGGCUUUUGUUUGAAAAUAAGUGUUACAAAUUAUUUGGGUCUAAUCCAGAAGACCAAGCGUCUUGGGAUUCUGCACGAUCAGUUUGCCAGGGCCCAAAAUAUGGAGGCAACUUGGCUACCAUAACUAGCGAAAAGGUACAAGCCUUUCUCACUUUCCAUUUAAAUAAUUUCCCAACGGAUGCAUGGAUAGGAUUAAAUGAUAUCAACCAAGAGCAAAUGUACCUCUGGACAGAUGGAAAAGGAAUCCACUACACAAACUGGGCUGAUGGCUUCCCGUCACCUGGAUAUGAUGCGGACCGGGAAGACUGUGUUGCAAUGAGAAACAGGCCUUUUAAAGAUGCAGGGACAUGGAGACAUUUUCGCUGUUCCAUUACGAAAGGCUAUAUAUGCCAAACCAAUGCAAACCCCGUAUAUUCCGUUCUACCACCAACCACACCAGCACUUCGUAUCCGUUACAGUAACAGCAGCUUCUUUUUUGUCGAAACCAAAAUGACAUGGAAGGAUGCUCAGAUAAUCUGUCAACGAGAAAGUUCAGACCUUGCUAGUAUUUUAGAUCCCUUCAGCCAGUCAUUCCUCUGGUUACGGGUGUCAAAGUAUAAAACCCCUGUGUGGAUUGGUCUCAACAGCAAUAUAACUGACGGACAGUACACGUGGAUUGAUAAGUUCAGAAUCAAGUACACUAAAUGGGCCUCAGGGGAACCAAAGCAAAAAUUUGGUUGUGUUUAUCUGGACCUGGAUGGCACAUGGAGAACAGGAUCAUGUAAUGAAAAGUACUUCCCACUCUGUAAACAUUCUGAUGUGAAGCCACCUACGGAGCCACCUCAACUUCCAGGGAAAUGCCCAGAAUCACUGGAACAAUCUUGGAUUGCUUUCCGUGGCCACUGCUACCACUUUGAGUCCUCAUCUAAAAAGACUUGGCCUCGGGCAUCUUUAGCUUGUUUACAAUUAGGUGCCAAUCUGGUUUCAGUAACUGAUGCAGCUGAAGCACGCUUUCUAGCAGAAAGUAUAGAACAUCUUGAAAGUAAAUCAAAAUCAUUCUGGACAGGAAUGUACAAAAAUCUGAAGGGUGAUUGGUUAUGGCUUGACCAGAGUGUUGUAGAUUAUGUCAACUGGAACAUUGGAGAACCAUCAUCUCAAAGUAGUGAAGAGUGUGUGGAAAUGUAUUCUUCAUCUGGGACUUGGAAUAAUGCUUAUUGUAGUAGCUACUUAGGAUAUAUUUGCAAACAACCAAAAAUUGUCCCUACUAAGAAGCCUGUGCCUGCUGAGAAUAUUCCAGAAAAAAAUGAAUUAAUAAAUACAGAAGGUGACCAAGCCCCAAGCCCCAACAAAGCUGCCGCUGUAGUUAUUGUGGUGAUCCUCAUUCUAGCAGGAGCUGGUCUUGCAGGUUUCUAUUUCUACAAGAGGAGGAAUCAACAGAUGCUGACAAAUGACAACUUCGAGAAUUCCCUCUAUUUUAAUAGUAGUUCCAGUGCUGGGAUUAGCGAUACAAAGGACCUGAUGAUGAACAUGGAGCAGAAUGAACGUGCAUCUAUUUAGUCUGAUGAAAUAUAAGCUGUGCCUUAUUUGAAUAAAUGCAUUGAAUUCCUGAAGCACU